AUGUUUCUCUUCCUUUUUUUCUGCAUUUCAUUCAAAUAUUUUAUCUUUCUUAACUUUAUUCUUUUCAUCCUACAUUUUUCUCUUUCUUCUUUUCAUCCUACAUGUUUCUCUUCCUUUUUUUCUGCAUUUCAUUCAAAUAUUUUAUCUUUCUUUACUUUAUUAUUUUUAUCCUAUAUGUUUUUCUUUCUUCUUUUCAUCCCACAUGUUUUCAUUUCUUACUUUUUUUCUGCAUUUCAUUCAAAUAUUUUAUCUUUCUUUACUUUAUUCUUUUCAUCCUACAUGUUUUUCUUUCUUCUUUUCAUCCUACAUGUUUCUCUUCCUUUUUUUCUGCAUUUCAUUCAAAUAUUUUAUCUUUCUUUACUUUAUUAUUUUUAUCCUAUAUGUUUUUCUUUCUUCUUUUCAUCCUACAUGUUUCUCUUCCUUUUUUUUCUGCAUUUCAUUCAAAUAUUUUAUCUUUCUUUACUUUAUUCUUUUCAUCCUACAUGUUUUUCUUUCUUCUUUUCAUCCUACAUGUUUCUCUUCCUUUUUUCCUGCAUUUCAUUCAAAUAUUUUAUAGAGCUUCUUUACUUUAUUCUUUACAUCCUACAUGUUUUUUUUUUUUUUCAUCCUACAUGUUUCUCUUCCUUUUUUUCUGCAUUUCAUUCAAAUAUUUUAUCUUUCUUUACUUUAUUUUUUUCAUCCUACAUGUUUUUCUUUCUUCUUUUCAUCCUACAUGUUUUUUUCUUUUUUGCAUUUCAUCCUAAAUAUUUUCUUCCUUUUAAUUUUUCUUUUACAUCCUACAUUUUUUUUUCAAAUAUUUUAUGUUUUUCUUCCUUUUUUUCUGCAUUUCAUUCAAAUAUUUUAUCUUUCUUUACUUUAUUCUUUACAUCCUACAUGUUUUUCUUUCUUCUUUUCAUCCUACAUGUUUCUCUUCCUUUUUUUCUGCAUUUCAUUCAAAUAUUUUAUCUUUCUUUACUUUAUUCUUUUCAUCCUACAUGUUUUUCUUUCUUAUCUUUCUCUUCUCAUUCCAGUGUUUUUCUUUCUGCAUUACAUACAAAUAUUUUUCUUUCUUUACUUUAA